AUGAAAACCCUAAAGGAACCCAGGACACACGCGCCAAACGGGGACAAAGCUGAAGGAACCCAGUACACACCAGACAAACAGAGAAACCCAAAGGAACCCGGUACACACCAGCCAAACGGGGAAAACCCAAAGGAACCCAGGACACACACGACAAAGCUGAAGGAACCCAGUACACACGAUGUGACACCAGACAAACAGAGAACCCAAGGAACCCAGGGCACACCAGCCAAACGCAUGAAAACCCUAAAGGAACCCAGGACACACGCGCCAAACGGGGACAAAGCUGAAGGAACCCAGUACACACCAGACAAACAGAGAAACCCAAAGGAACCCGGAACCCAGGACACACCAGCCAAACGGGGAAAACCCAAGGAACCCAGGACACACCAGCCUAACGGGGAAAACCCAAAGGAACCCAGGACACACCAGCCAAACGGGGAAAACCCAAAGGAACCCAGGACACACCAGCCUAACGGGGAAAACCCAAAGGAACCCAGGACACACCAGCCAAACGGGGGAAAACCCAAAGGAACCCAGGACACACCAACCAAACGGGGAAAACCCAAAGGAACCAAGGACACUCCAGCCAAACGGGGAAAACCCAAAGGAACCCAGGACACACCAGCCAAACGGGGGAAACCCCAAAGGAACCCAGGACACACCAGCCAAACGGAGGAAACCCCAGAGAACCCAGGACACACCAGCCAAACUGGAAAAACACAAAGGAACCCAGGACACACCAGCCAAACGGGGAAACCCCAAAGGAACGUAAGGGGCGUAAAUGACGCGUGCUUUACUACUGUGCCACCCGGCCACCGAAGAUAA